ACUAGGAGAUCACCAGCUCUCGCCACUGGUCCCUGGCUCCCGCCAGCACCGGGCUCCCUCCAACGCUUCGCACCGGCACCGGGCGCCCGCCGGCAGAGCGCCACCGCUGCAAGAUGAUGAUGAUGAUGUCGAUGAACGGGAAGCAGGCGUUCGGCAUGCCGCCGCCGCCGCCGCACUCGUCCAACCUGCCCGAGCACAAGUACUCGAGCCUGCACACGUCCUCUGCUUCCAACUCAUCGUCCACUCAAUCCGGCAGCAGCAGCUCAGAGGCGAUGUGCCGAGCAUGUCUCCCAACCCCAUCGAGCAAUAUAUUCGGCGGGCUGGAUGAAAGUUUGGUGGCCCGCGCCGAAGCUCUGGCGGCUGUGGACAUUGUACCGCAGAGCACCAAGAGCCACCCGUACAAGCCGGACGCCACCUACCACACCAUGAACAGCAUCCCGUGCACCUCCAGCUCUUCCUCCGGCCCCAUCUCUCACCCUUCCGCGCUGGGCUCGCACCAGCACCACCACCACCAUCACCACCACCAACAGCAGCAGCAGCAGCAGCACCACCACCACCACCAGCAGCAGCAGCAGCAGCAGCAGCAGCCGCCGCCUCACCCGAGCCUGGAGGGCGAGCUGCUGGAGCACCUGGCCCCGGGCCUGGGGCUGGGCGGCAUGUCGGCCCCCGACGGCAGCGUGGUGUCCCCGCCGGCGGCACCGCCUCACCUGAGCGGCCUGGCCCACAUGCACCAGGCCAUGAGCAUGGCGGGCCACGGGCUGGCCGCGUCGCACGGCGCCCUGGGCUGCAUGGGCGAGGUGGACGCCGACCCCCGCGACCUGGAGGCGUUCGCCGAGCGCUUCAAGCAGCGGCGGAUCAAGCUCGGCGUGACCCAGGCCGACGUGGGCUCGGCGCUCGCCAACUUGAAGAUCCCGGGCGUGGGCUCGCUCAGCCAGAGCACCAUCUGCCGCUUCGAGUCGCUGACGCUGUCUCACAACAACAUGAUCGCGCUGAAGCCCAUCCUGCAGGCGUGGCUGGAGGAGGCCGAGAAGUCUCACCGCGACAAACUCAACAAGCCCGAGCUCUUCAACGGCGCCGACAAGAAGCGGAAGCGCACGUCCAUCGCCGCGCCCGAGAAGCGCUCCCUCGAAGCCUACUUCGCCAUCCAGCCCAGGCCGUCGUCCGAGAAAAUCGCCGCCAUCGCCGAGAAACUCGACCUGAAGAAGAACGUGGUCCGGGUCUGGUUUUGCAACCAGAGACAGAAACAGAAACGGAUGAAAUACUCCGCGGGCCAUUAGUGCCAUCUCCUCCCCGGGGCAGGAGAGAACGAGAAAGGCGGACUGCAACUCCUCUCGCCAGUCCUCGGUCAACCGCACUGCCUGAGUCUGUCAGGACCUUGCCGUGGGGCCGCCAACAAGUAAGACAGGUUUUGUUUUGUUUUGUCUAAUGCCACCCACUGCCACCGAAAGAGGACACAUCAAAACCCCGACUGUCACUUGGUGCGAGCCGACAGUUGCAGUUUACAAAUCAACAAAUGACAUAAUUGUUUAUAAAUCGUUUACACAAGGACCCGCUGGUUUGAAAUUACAGUGUAUCGCGAAUUGCUGUGUAGUUGAUCUGAGGAUUAUGUUUUGGGUUGCAUUCGUUUUUGUUUCCUCGUCCAAACAUCACCUCUUGCACAACUAUUCCCCCUCUGCGCCCCGCACAGACACAUGCAGGAGGUUCAGCUCCGGUAAGUGCAGCACUUGUAGCUGACCAUUUGAUGGACCGUCCCGUGUAAUCUCCAGCUAUUGAUCGCUUGAGGUAUGGCCCCCAAUACUCUGCCCAACGAGCUCUUCUGUCAUCGCAGGAGCCCACAAUUUUGUCUCCGCUUUAUUUGGAAGUCAUAACUCUGUUAAGCAAUCAGCAACCUCCCGCUUACGGCUACCGUUUCAUUAGAAACCUGUGGGUGAUGGCCCGAUUUUUCUUCCAAAUUUCGCUUUGAAACCCCAUUCACCGCCCCCGCCUCCCCUCCCCUCCCAGCAUGGACGGAAAUAGCUGCUAAGAACAAGCUCGAAGCCUCUCCCUCUGUCUGAAGGCUAUUAUUAGAUUACUGCCAAAACAGCCUGAGCUUGAAUUAUUCAUUCACACCGUCUACAAAGUUAAUUUCGUGUUCACUCGAAUUAAUUCCGCCUGUUUAAUUCAAGUUGUGAUAACAGCAGGGCAAAUAAAAGGAUUAUUAAAUUAUUUAAUAUUUAAUACAGUAUGUUGGUUGAUAGAAUAUAAGAAAGAAAGUGGUCGGGAAAAAUAAGCGGCGAUUUUUUAAAGAAAAUAUGUUUGAGCAGACCGUGGAUAGCGUUUUCUAUAUAAAAAAACAAUUGCAUACGAUUCACUCGGUAUAUAUGUGUAUGAAUAUCAAAAUAUGAUUUCAUUAAAUGUUGGUCUGGCAUAAAUUCUGUCACAGCGCACAAAAUGAGUUAAUACAGCGGCUGUAAAGAUUUUAAUCUUUGAAAGCUAAUCUAUGUCGACCGACUAUUAAAAAUGCAACUUAGUUGCAACUGUCUUGGGUCUGUUUUGAUUUUGAAUGAAGUUUAUUUUUACUCAAAUGCUUUGUUGCUCUAGUGGGGGUGAAAGAUUGUAGAGGUGCAUUUAUCAAUGUUGAAAGAAAGCUGCACAAUUCAAUGAAAAUUAACGUUUGAUGCACUGUAAUACCUUGUUGUUUGGUACUGGCCUAUCUUUUUAAAAUAUUAAAAGAAAGGUACAUGGGACUGUACCUGUAUAUUGUAAAUAUCAUUCAGUGGACGAUGCACAUAUAGAUAUAUUCUUACAGAUUUUGACGUGUUGCAGUUAUAGCAUAAACAUUUUUACGUGACAAGCGCACGGUUUCUGUAUGGUAUUUGGUCCCUUAAACAUUCUGUUCCUUUGUUUGUUUGUUCUAGAGCGAUUUACCAGUUUAUUUAUUGGUGUGAUUUAAUGUUAAUUUAUUGACAUUCUGGUUAUUAAAAUGAUUCAUUUCAUUCUGCAAAUCCCUUUAACAUUCUUUCGAAGUUGAAACCUUUUAGUAGAAUAUGACUUAUAUGUUGUAUGUUUUCAUUGCAGUCGUGUUCUUGGGUAUUUGUUUAACUAUCUCUUUUAUUGUAGGUAGUUUUUUUUUAAUCAGGAUGGGUUUUUACUUCUUAGCAUGUAAACAUCGUGUUUUUGAAUUGAAACCCAUCGGCUCCUAACCUAAAAAAUACAGCUUUCAUAAACUCAAACAAAAUCAUUGUACUUUUUACUUUACUUUAUCAUGUAAGAUUAUGCACAUCUUUAAAAUAAAAGGUAAUCUAUUGA